CGUAAUAACUCUCAACCCUAACCAUUGAUUAUAUUACAAAGUUUAAUCUUGAUCAUGCAACUUUGGUUUAAAAUGAACCAAUGAAGCAAAUAAAAUGCAUUCUUGACCUAAUUCACAAGGAAAUUGGUACUACCAUCACGGUUGUGCUGAAAAAAAGAAAGGUAGAAGAAACGACAUAAAGCAUAAGCCAAAUGAGGUGCACUUGAGGAUGGAUCUACCGACGCACCUUAAACAUCACAAUCUUCAUCCCUUAAGAUUUGGUACAAAAAAUAAUCAUAUCAUUAGAGCUCUAAUCAACUUGCGAUCAACACUAAUUAAUGCCCUCCACUAAAAACCAGAAGCUCCAACAAGAAGUUCAUGAAUCCUAAUCCCUCUUUUAAUGUCGUCAUCUCUAUAUCAUUCACAAACUGAUCCUUCACGCAACAAAACAAACCAGAAAAGAUGGCAAAAAGUCAAGCUACCUAGCUUCACUGGGAAUGUUUUUCAUACAUCAACAAUCACAUCGAAAUGGCAAAUACUCAAAUGUUACUCCCUCAAGACUUAUACUGGGAAUCCAUUGAAUGUUCAUGGCUUCAUCCGACGUAAUCGUUUGCCAUUCAAAACAUCAAGAACAAUCCAACUUAGUAGUUGGAUUCUCAUACCUCAACAAUCACAUCGAAACGGCAAAUACUCAAAUGUUACUCUCUCAAGUAUCUACAGGGAAUCCAUUGAAUAUUCAUGGCUUCAUCCAACGUAAUCAUUUGACAUUCGAAACAUCAAGAACGAUCCAACUAAGCCGUUGGAUUCUCGAGCAGAGAACAGAACCACAUGGCACCCUCUAAUGAGCAUAGAUAGAGAGCUAAUUGAAGUGCAACCUAAAACAGAGGAGCUAAAUAUGUCUGCAGAAUUCGAAUUGAGUACUUGGUUGUUCAUUAUGUGUACCAUAGCUAUAUCACCCAAAAUUAGGGGGGAAAGAGGAGACAAACACUGUAAGCAGCAGCAACAGGCCGAGAACAGGUGAGAGAACUACUCCGUAGUCAGUAGGCAGACUGAAGUAGUCCAGCUGGAUGUUGCUCCACUUUGGGCUAAGGUCGAUUCGAAGACCAUCAGGCACUCUUUUCCGACUGCUUCUCAUGGUUUCUCCAUGGAUUCAAAGCGUCUCUCAUCGCUUGAGCUUCAGGCGAAUUCUCCCAAGCACGUUUCUCGGACUCCAGAACCGUCACCUUAUCAUCUAUAAGAAGAGUAACAAACACAGCAAAACCCCACAUCAGAGACAAUAGAAGAUUACACAGAAGGACAAACUAACAAACCGUCCAAUGGCAAUUCACAAGGAGAUACAUUCGUUAGUGUUCAAGCUCUACCAGCUAAACAUUAUGAACAAGAAGCCAGUGACUGUCUACAAUCCAACAGCAAUCGCAACUCAACCCGCGGUUUAAGAUUCUAUCAUGAAGUAGAAAGAUUGCUGCUUUUCAAAUUCCCCCUAACAAUGGCAUUCACUAUUCUAAUUGAGAGACUAGUUAACUAACCCACAAAAUUUCAUGGUAUGAUUUAACAAUAGCUUAAACACCAUGAACACACCCAAAACCCUAAAAACAAAUCUCGCCGUAGAAAUUAACGGUACAGAACUUGAUAAAUAAGCUAGGUGUUGUCCCUGUAAUCUAAACGACAACACUAGGAAGAAAACCAUUCGAAGUAUCAAUUAAAAAUCUAGGAGCAGUGGAUCAAAAAACCCGUUCAAGAGAAGGGACGGGGGAAAGGAGAAUUCUCACACAGAAGCCCGUCUUGAUCAUGAAGAACUCCAUGGAAGCUCCGAUCAAAGCAGAACCGGCGGCAAUCUUCACAUACCAAUCUAUAAACUUCAUUCUCAGCGACGGAAAGGAAUCAGGAGCUCUGGUAAACAAACAAUCUACGAUUGCAGAGCUCCAAUUCCAAACUGAGAGCAGCUGGCUUUCUUUGAUGCCGAGUCCCGGCUUUCUCGCAGGGAUGGUUCGCGAGUUGAUGGAACGAGUUUAGUUGAUGGGCCGAGCUUAUUCGUUUCCUCCACAGCGACUAAUGGGCCAUUUCUGGGCCCGAUUCAUGGGCCGUAGCUUUGGGCUUAAUUUCAGUUUUUUUAAAUACUUCAUCUAUUUACACUCUACACAUAUUAUAAUACAACGAAGAGAAAAACGAGAGGCACAUUUCAAAUUUCUUGCAACAAGAGUGAAAAUAGGAAGGACAUUUUGGUCUUCACAAUUACUUUUUUUAUUCAUUAAAAAGACACAUAUUGGGAUUCUUGCAACGAGAGUGGAAAUAGGAAGGACAUUUUGGUCUUCACAAUUACUUUUUUUAUUCAUUAAAAAGAUACAAAUUGGGAUUCGAACAAUGACCAUUUUAAAGAAGAACAAGGAUCAUAACCAAUCACACUAAGUGCAUUUGUUGUAUAUUUUUAAAUUAAAAACAUAUAAUAGCAGGGAGGAAAAAACUCUUCCCCCAUUUCAAAUUCUCUGCUCCAUGAGCGUUUGUAGGAAGGGUAGAAUAGGGAGUGUCAAUUUUUUUCCUUUCCUCUAUGGAACGGGCCAACUUACUGUACACAUGCAGAUUUAAACGGGUCCAGGAGUGUCAAUUUUUUUCUUUAAUCUCUUUUAUUUCUCCGUGGUGAUAAAAUAUAUAUGAAAAGACAAAAACAAUACUCCAUUUAUUUCUAAAAAUAAAAAAUUUAACAAUAAACUAAUGCAUGGUAUCUAAUGGGCUAACCGCUAAUCAUAAAAUAAAAGAGUUGAAUGAGCCUGACCUACAUGGGAUUUGACCAUCAAGUAAAACAAAUGAACAUCAUUGGUUUGUCAUUCUAAAAACGUUUGUAGGAAGGGUAGAAUAGGGAGUGUCAAUUUUUUUCUCUUUCCUCUGUGGAACGGGCCAACUUACCGUACACAUGCAGAUUUAAACGGGUCCAUGAGUGUCAAUUUUUUUCUUUAAGCUCUUUUAUUUCUCCGUGGUGAUGAAAUAUAUAUGAAAAAAUAAAAACAAUACUCAUUUUUAUUGCUAAAAAUAAAAAAUUUAACAAUAAACUAAUGCAUGAUAUCUAAUAGGCUAACCGCUAACCAUAAAAUAAAAGAGUUGAAUGGGCCUGACCUACACGGGAUUUGGUCAUCAAGUAAAACAAAUGAACAUCAUUGGUUUGCCAUUCUAAAAUAAGUUAUUUUCUCUGGCAUAAUAUAUAUUAUGCUAUUAUUUUAUAUCUUAGUGGCUAAAAUAUAAUGUAUCUUAAAGUUAUUCAAUGGUUCAACCUCGACCAACCCAAUUAGUCCAAUUUUUAUCAUUUCAAAUAUGGGUUAUAGGUAUAAUAUGCCCAUUUACUAUGACGUUUUAUCAAACAUGCCCCUCUACUAUUUUUUACAUCAAAUAUGCCCCUGUACUUUGAAAAAAUUAUCAAAUUUGCCCUUCUGUUGAAAUGUCGAUUGAAAAAUCGUCAAUCAUGGUUGAAUUGAAAUUUAGACGACCUGACAUCGACAAAUGGGAGGGAAAAUGUCAGUUUUGUCCCCUGUUUUAUUUCCCUGGGUCUUCUCAAAGUGAAAUUAUUUGAAUGAUUUGAUUAUACAAAAGAACCAAAAAAAUUCUAAAAUGAAUAUAUUAGGGAUAUUUUAGUCAUUUGUGUCGCCCAAACUAUAAUUCGGCCUUGGUUAACGUUUUUUAGAUGAAAAUUUUAACAAAAGGGCAUGUUUGAUCAUUUUUACAAAGUAGAGGGGCAUGUAUGAUGUAAAAAAUAGUAGAGGGGCAUGUUUGAUAAAACGUCAUAGUAGAGGGGCAUAUUAUACCUAUAACCCUUCAAAUAUAUAUUAUAUAAUUAUUUUAUAUCAUAAUGAUCAAAUUAUAGUGUAUUUUACAGGGAAUCGUUUGGUAUUUGUUAGUAAAAAACUAAACAGAAAGAUCUCUUUGGUUAUUUUAAACAUUAAAAUGAUCCUAAACAUUUUCAAUUCCUUUUGAAUUUCUGUGGUUUUAUUCCCCGAAUAAAUGAUGUGCAAAUGGCGAAUUGUAGUCAUCUCUUUUUUUUCACUAUUUUUUAUUUUCAAAUAGAAAGUUUAAAAGUAAAGAAUAAUUAGAAUUUGGCAUGGGUCGGUCAAACAGGCUGAAUUUCAAGUUUUGACCUGUUUUGAUCAAGUCUAAUUUAUAAUCACAUGGUUCCCUGAUACUCGAUAAAAAUCUCAAUCCAAACCAGUUUGCCAGGUGAGUUCGUGUUUACCACUAUUUUCUAGGGAUACGACAACGACGGUUCCUAUCCCAAAUCGUGUUGUUCGUUCUUGAUUUUCUUAGAUUUUAUCAUGGCCUGACAAAAACCAGAAAGCACAAUGACGACAAUAUGAAAGUUUUAUAAAGCAAAUUAAUCGGCCAACGGGCCGAGUAAAAGCUAGCGACGAUUGUGAGAUGCUCAUUUUCCGAAAACCGACGCGAUAUGCGAUUUUUUAUUCGAUUUUCUGGAAUUCGGUUUCUAUAAAACUUACCCCACCUCAUCAUAUUACUAGAAAAAAUAUUGUUUCACAAGGUAACAGGUACUUGAUUUUGGUUCAUAAGGUCAAUUUUUGAUUCGUUGCAUCAUUCAUGUCUCUUUCCUGCUAAAAUUUUUAUUUUUAUUACGUGUUUCCCAAAAAAAAAACUAUACAACAAUAAGCUAUACACUCCAUUACAUUAUCAAAUUUCAUACCUCACCUUCCUCCGGCCAACUGGCCGGAGCCCACGCUAGUAUAUAUAAUACCUUUUCAUGGGUGGCUUUUGCUGCAUUUCAAAAAUGGAGCCACAGGAUUAAUUUUAAUUUUCGGAGGGACGGUUUUGUGAAAACACCCUUAUCAGUUUUAGCCCACAGUUAGAAAAUAUUUAUACAAAAGAUAACUAUGAGCCAUAAAAAUUUAUAAUAAGCUUAUCGAAUAUAAUAAAAAAUUAAAAAUUCAAGAAAAUUAAUAAUCCUUUUUUGGUGCGAGAAAUUCAAUAAUCUUUAAGAAUAUGUAUUGUAUUUUUUAAAUAAAUAGUUUAUAAUUUAUGUAAUAAGUUAAGCAAAUUUAUAAUAAUUAAUUAUCAUUUCAAUCAUGAUUAAUAUUUUGGGAUUAGAAUAUAUGUACAUGUUCAUAUAAUAUAUAUUAGUAACAUGACAUAUCAGGUGCUUUGGCAGGCCAAUGACCCAUCCGUCACCACCCAAAUUUUAUGGGCCACAAAAAAAUGACACAUACGCACCCAAACAUGUAUUUUGUGGGUUAUGACCGGGUUAAUUCAAGUGGGUGUAACUCUAGGCCAACUCACUACCCAUCCCUACCCUGUUCCUAAAAUUUCUCACAAAUUCAACCUCCUUCUCUGACCAGUCUUCCUAUCGACCGCCUAAAUCCAUGACCCUUACUCAAUUUCUCUUUACUCCAUUAUCACUAAGAAGGUUGACAUCAAACUUCUUCUCCCAAAUCAGACUCCUCUUUACCGUCGAACUCAUCUCACAAAAAGUAUAAACUUCUUAAGCCAAAAAUCUUAGACAACGUUGAUAAGUAAUAAAACAAUGAACACGUGCAUCCAUAUGACGGAGAUUCGUUAUUUUAUCGAGAAAACGGCGUCUAUGUGAUUGAGAUCUAGAGAGUAAAGAUGGAAAGACAACAAAAAUUCUCUAUUACAAAUUACAUUGUAUUUUUCUAUUACUCAUCAACAUUGUCUAUUGAAGAUGGUAAUAGAUCUCGAUGACAUUGUAUAUCUGAAUGAGUGGUCGAAAUAUGGUAAUUUAAUAUGCCUAUAAAAAAUCUUAUUCUUUACAGGUAUGUGAAUCAACCAAAUUAUAUACUUGGGAUCAGCUAAAAGAAGUUGAUUGGAAAAGGAUGGUUAAUUUACCGUUGAUAUGAAUUGUUAGGGUUAAAUAUGAGGACUAAAAGAAUUUUCAAUGCUGGGAACUUUGAGAAUUUUGGGGUCAGAGGGAAAUAUGAAGACGAGAGAGUACUAGGUUAUGAAGGUCAAUUUGGACAUUGUCAUAGUUUUCAUAGAUAUUUGAGCAUAAUUAUAUUGAUUUGAGAGAAAUUUUGAAGGUACAUAAUAAAUGUUUUUAUUUAAUGAUGAUGUCGUCAUAAAGAUUUGAUGUUAUCAAGUUCGACAUCGUUUUAGUUUCUUACUAAUGAGUUGUGAUGGGUCAACACAAUGAUUAUGCAUAUUUCAUGGGAAGAAACAAUCAUGCUAUUAUUUCUAAAUAUUUUGCAUAGAUAAGACCUUCUUUACGAAGAUAGUUAAAUUAAAGUGCAUCAAUAUAUUAGGUACAUAUAUAUGUUGUUUGACAUUUUUUCAAUAACAUUCUAUAAACUUUACCAAUUAAAUAAAUUGAGAGGUCGUUUGGAUGAGGAAUUCUAAUGGAUCAAUCUGACACAAUUGUCUCGUUUUGAGUCAAUUGUGCUAGAUUGAUCCGUUUGGCAGCAGAAAUUUUGGAUGAAGCAAUUUGGGCUGGGGAAUUCUGAAUUGACUCAUUUUGAGCCAAUUACAAUUGUCUGGGGUGGGGGCAGGUAAUCUGAAUUGACUCGUUUUAAAUGACUCGUUUUGUACAAUAAAACAAUUGAUCAAAUUGUCUCGUUUUACAAUUGAUCCAUCCAAACGACCCCUGAGUACUUUCAUAAGUUAUUGAUGGUCAGUUUAUCAAUCACAUAUAUAAUAUGUUUGUUAAAGUCGAGCAUAAUUAUAUAUACGAGUAUAUAAAGGUCUUCCGGCCAAGAGGUGGGGCCCUCUUCUAGUUUAAGUUAACAGAGGCUUCAGUAACUUGUUUAGGAAUAGACUAUAGAAUGAACAUUUUUUGCUCUCUUUCAGCAAUCCUCAUAGAAGACCAAUCAUAAUUUUCCAUUACCAUAAAAAAAUAGUUAGGUUUCGUUUAAAAAAAAUAAGUGAAAAUUUAAUUUUUAUACAACUAAUAUUUAUAAGAUAUUCGAAUUUACCAUAAUAAAAGCUAAACUUUAACUGAUCAGAUUAGGGAUGGCAAUUUCGACCUGACCCGAUUUCCCCGACCUGUUUGACCUGUUUUGGGGCAGGUCAAACCCGCCCCGUAGGCGGGGCGGGGCGGGCAUGGGUACCUCUCAUCGACCCGACCUGCCCUGACCCGCCCCAUUCUCGACCCGUUCUUGCCUAUAUUACAUAUAAUAUUAGUCAAAUUACUUAGGAUUUUCCUCUUAUUACAUUAUAUUUUAGCUAUAAUAAAGUUGUAAAUAAGUGAAAACCUCAAUUUCUUCAAUAAUUUAACUACAUUUUAUCAUAUUAUGGUUUCUUUCUUGAUCUUUUAAUGAAAAUAACUAAUGUUUCUAAUGUUUUUCGCAUAAAUUACAUACCCAAUGGGUCGACCUGCCCCGACCCGCGCCCCGUGAUAAAUUACCCGACCUGGAUCCGACCUGCCAUGGGGCGAGUAUGGGUAUCGAGAUACCCCCAGACCUGCCCAUUGCCAUUUCUAGAUCAGAUGUGAAAACUUUCAUUCUAUCUAGAAAACAACGCAACAACCCAUCAAGACAGUUCUAGUGUUCUACCAGGAAAAAAAAACUUGCUAAUUAGCACAUCUAACACUAAUGCAUAUCCUAUACAUAUAUCUAUAUCUUGCACAUGUAUAAUUAAAAAUCUAUUGUGCUGAUGAGCUGACUAAAUAAACAUGUCUUAAUUCAUACAAAAAAUAGAAACAUGUUUUUGAUUAGUUGACAAGAACAUUCUUAUUCUUGUAUCUACAAAAUGCAACCACCAUUCCCAAAAUUAUGAAUAAAGAAAUCGGUUACCACUGAAUAUUUUAGGGCUAUAGGUAUGAUAUGCCCCUCUACUAUGACGUUUUAUCAAACAUGUCCCUCUACUAUUUUUUACAUCAAACAUGCCCCUGUACUUUGUAAAAAUGAUCAAACAUGCCCUUUUGUUAAAGUUUUCAUCAAAAAACCGUUAACCAAGGCCGAAAUUUAGUUUGAGUGACACAAAUGACUAAAAUAUCCCUAAUAAAUUCACUUUAGAAUU